CGUAUCAUCUAUCUUCACAUAUCUGUUGUACCACUAAUCUAUUUUCGCAAAUCACUUGUUAAAAUAGUCUCUUACAAUAGUUAUAGAUAAAAAUAUGAAGAGAUCUCACGUUUUGCAUCUUCUGCUUGUUCAAGUCAUUUUCCUUUUGCCUCUCCUUUGUUUAUCUGAUGACUAUGUUAGCUCUAGAGCUACUUUUUAUGGCAGCCCCGAUUGCAAAGCAAAUCCUCGAGGAGCAUGUGGGUAUGGAGAAUUCGGAAGAGAUAUCAAUAAUGGUGAAGUGAGUGGUGUUUCAUCCCGACUAUGGAACAAUGGAACUGGCUGUGGUGCUUGUUAUCAGGUGAGGUGCAAAAUACCUCCACACUGCAACGAGGAAGGAGUAUACGUGGUGGCUACGGACUACGGAGGAGCUGGUGGUGACUUCAUAUUUAGCCUUGAGGCGUACGGACGUAUGGCAAGACCAGGCACAGAGGAUCAGCUCUAUUCCUUUGGUGUGGUCGACGUCGAGUACAAGAGAGUCCCUUGCCGGUACGGAGGGUCCAAUCUGGUGUAUAAGGUCCAUGAAAAAAGCUACAAUCCUCAUUAUCUUGCCGUCCUUAUCUUGUACGUUGGUGGUGUCAAUGACAUCCUCGCCGUUGAAGUCUGGCAGGAGGAUUGCAAAGAGUGGCGACGUAUGAGAAGAGUGUUUGGAGCUGUACACGACUUGGAGAAUCCACCAAGAGGCACUCUCUCUUUGAGGUUCUUAGUCUACGGAAGCGCCGGAAUCAAUUGGGUCCAAUCUCCGAACGCUCUUCCCGCCGAUUGGACCGCCGGAGCCACUUACAACUCCAACAUUCUACUUACUUGAUCCCCUAACAUUUUGCAUCUUUCUCUCUAUCUAUUGUGUGGUUUCUCUAUACAUAUGUAAAAUGGAGAUAUAUUUAAAUAACGCCCUCUAGAACCAUAUAAUAAUUAUCAUAGUAUAUUCUUAUAGUUAUAUUUCUUGUGUCUAUUUAAGAAUAUUGUAAUGAUUUGUAAGGUUUUGAUUAGUAAUGGAAUCAUCAAAAUAAUGAUAAAGUUUUACAAAUAA